CGAGGGUAACGGCUGUGGACGAGAGCGAGCGAGCGCGCGCGCGGGAGAGAGAGAGAGAGAGAGCGCGCGCGCGAGCGAGCGCGAGAGAGGAAUGAGCAGGCGGUCGGGCAACGAUGAGCUCAGAUAGCAGCAAGCUGCUGACUGACCAGCAGUCCUGUUACGGGGCAGUCCCGCACUCGCAGGCUACCCCCUUCAUGGAGGUGAAGGGAUACCAGCGAGUGCAAUGGCGGGUAAACCUCUGCCACAUUUUUACUGUCCUGACGGUUGGGAUACUGUGGUUAAUCUUUCGUUGGAAGCCGGUGCUCGAAGUGAUCGCUAAGGGAAGUCCCUGCCACCUGAGCCAGGCUGACUGGGUCCUCAUCAAGCGUCCGAUUAACGAGCAGUUCCCAGCCAGAGUCUGGACCGAGGAGGUGGAAGAUGAUUAUUUUGUUCAUCCAGCUGGCUCUGGGGAGGACGAGAAUCAUAUUUGUUUAGCCGUGGGAGUGGCUGAAGAUGAUUGGAAGGACACUAUUCAACUUCAGAAAGAGGAGGAGAAAAGUGUGAUUCGUUACUACAUUUCUGAGGGUUUUCGCUACAUUUGGAGUGAGAAGAGACAAAACUUCUGUAAAGUCUGUGAUUUAGAUGAGCAACUGACAUGUGCAGAUAUUUACAGGCAAAAGACAGCACUCAGCAGACAUGACCAAAACAAAAAGCGGAAGGUGUAUGGGCCAAAUAUCAUUGACGUGCCUGUAAAACCCUACUUCACAUUGUUAGUGGAGGAGGUGCUGAAUCCCUUCUACAUUUUCCAGAUAUUAAGUAUUGCGCUAUGGAUGGCAGAAACGUAUUACUACUAUGCAGCAUGCAUUCUGUUUAUUUCAUUCAUAUCCAUUGCAGUAUCUCUUUACCAGACGCGUAAGCAAAGUGUAACCCUGCGGAAUAUGGUAAAGCUAACUGUCAAAGUGCAAGUCUGCAGAGAUACUGGAGAAGAGGAAAUGGUGAAUUCUCAGGAUCUAGUCCCCGGUGACUGCAUUGUGAUUCCUUCAAAUGGGCUUUUAAUGCCCUGUGAUGCAACGCUUUUAACUGGAGAGUGUAUGGUCAAUGAGAGCAUGCUUACAGGUGAGAGUAUACCAGUGCUGAAAACCACUCUACCUGACCUGGAUUUGACUUAUUCUAUUGAUGAGCACAAGAGACACACGCUCUUCUGUGGAACCCAAGUCAUUCAGUCGAAGAAUUAUAUCUCAGAAGAUCCUGUGAUGGCUGUGGUAAUAAGGACAGGUUAUUGUACUGCUAAAGGAGACCUAGUCAGUUCCAUUCUGUACCCCAAACCUCUUGGAUUUAAAUUCUACAAAGAUGCCAUUAAAUUUAUCAUCUUCCUAGGACUGCUUGCUCUGAUUGGGGACAUUUACAGCGUAGUGAUUCUGGUCCAAAAGAAGGUGCCCGUGUCUCGACUGCUGUUGCGUGCCCUGGAUCUCAUCACCAUCAUUGUCCCACCUGCUCUCCCGGCAGCUAUGACUGUUGGGACCAUCUAUGCCCAGAAUCGAUUGAAGAAAAACGGGAUAUUCUGCAUUAGUCCACCCCGCAUUAACCUUUGUGGGAAGCUUAAACUAAUUUGCUUUGAUAAGACAGGAACACUAACAGAGGAAGGACUUGACAUCUGGGGGGUUGUACCAGUAGAGAGCAAUGUAUUUCAGCCAAUUAUUCAUGAGCCUCGCCACCUUCCUGACAAUCCAUUGCUCCGCACACUAGCUACCUGUCACAGCAUCUCACUGAUCGGAAAUAGCCUUAUUGGUGACCCACUCGAUCUGAAGAUGUUGGAGUCCAUUGGAUGGGAUCUGAAAGAAAACGUUACGGAGGCUGACAGCAUUGCAGCGUUUGGGACAAGAGUUCUGGCUGUUAUCCAGCCUCCACCAAUGGAAGAGCAGCCUUAUGAUACUAAACAAGAGAUAGUUGUGGGAAUUCUUCGUCGUUUUCCAUUUGCCUCAUCACUGCAGAGGAUGAGUGUGCUCACCAAGAGACCUGGCAGUUUGCCCACAGAGGCAUACUUAAAGGGUGCACCUGAGAUGGUGGCCAGCCUUUGUCUGAAGGAAUCAGUUCCUACUGAUUUCUCUGAAAUGUUGCGUCACUAUGCCAGGGACGGCUACAGAGUUUUGGGGCUUGCAUACAAAGUGCUGAGUCCAGACAUCGCCUUUGAUGCACUACACAAGCUUGAGAGGAGUUAUGUGGAGAGUGAGAUGACAUUCCUAGGAUUUCUGAUUAUGCGGAACGUUUUGAAAGCAGAAACAAAGCCUGUGAUUAUCAGCCUGAAACAAGCCAAUUUUCAGACUGUAAUGGUGACAGGAGACAACAUGUUGACAGCCCUGAAUGUCGCCAGGAACUGUGGGAUGAUCGAUUUGAAGGACAGAGUCAUUUUUGCCAGUGCUUCGCCACCCACUUACGAUAAACCUGCCUCUUUGAAGUUCAUUUUAGCAGACCCUAUUCCAGACCAACAGAAUGGGACUGAGAUUGUGACCUAUCAACAGGAGACUUGGAGCCAGUCUUAUCACCUUGCACUAAACGGGAGAUCCUUUGCUGUGGUUCUUGAGUAUUUCCCAAAUCUACUACCAAAGAUCCUGCAGCGAGGCACUAUUUAUGCUCGAAUGGCUCCAGAUCAGAAGACUCAACUCGUGGAGAACUUGCAGAAGCUGGGCUACUGUGUGGGAAUGUGUGGAGAUGGAGCCAAUGACUGUGGAGCUCUGAAAGCUGCUGAUGCAGGAAUCUCCCUCUCGGAGGCUGAGGCCUCGGUGGCGUCCUCUUUCACCUCGAAAAUAAACAACAUUGAGUGUGUACCGAUAUUGAUUCGGGAAGGACGUGCCUCUCUCGUCACAUCCUUUGGAAUUUUCAAAUACAUGGCAAUGUACAGCUUGAUUCAAUUUGUCUGUGUCCUUAUAUUGUAUUCAAUCAACUCUAACCUCGGAGACUGGCAGUACCUGUUCUUCGAUCUGGCAGUCACUACAACCAUUGCCAUCUUCAUGGGGCGAACAGAACCCACCAAAGAACUGGUGCCUCAACGACCCUUGGGAAGUCUGAUCAAAGUUCCCAUCCUGGGCAGCCUGGUGCUGCAAACCCUGGUGAUUGUAAUGAUUCAAAUCCUGACCUUCUUCAUCACAACCUCUCAGAGCUGGUUUGUUCCUAUAAACGUCACAUCCACCAAUACCAACUAUCUCCCAAAUUAUGAGAACACUGUCUUAUUCUGUGUGACUGGAUUCCAGUAUCUGAUCCUUGCAACAGUCCUUUCAAAGGGUCAACCUUUUCGCAAACCACUGUAUUCUAAUGUGUUGUUCCUGUUCACUCUGAUCAUCCUUUGUGUCCUGAUGAUGAUUUUUACACUGCACCCGUUCACUUUCAUGCGCCAAAUUCUGCAGCUCAUGCCCAUUAACGACAUAAACUUUAAAUUAUUACUGCUGGGAUUUGCAGCGCUGCAUUUUUUCACUUCUUUACUUCUCGAGACUGCUAUAGACAGUGGAAUUUUAACACUAUGCCUUCGGAUCCUGUACAAGAAAAAGGAUAAGAAAGCACUGUACAAGAGACUUGAAAAAGAACUCUCCCACAAUUCAUCAUGGCCUCCACUCAAUGAGGUUAUUUAUGCGGAACAGGAGAGGGCCAUCUGUUUUGAAUAAUGCUUUUCGCAGGAUCUGGUGUUCGGCAAAGGAGCUGGAGAAAAGGGACAAUUAUUUUAACCAAAACAAUCCUUAUUUUGUACCAAAGAUGGUACAAACCGUGAAUUCUGUUUGUAUAUUAGAUAGAUGGCGUAAUUAUUUUGUAAGCCAGGUGUCUGACACGCACUGAAACCAUCAUUGUGUUUAAGAGUUCCAAAUAUGCGUGCCAUCUGUGCAUAGAAAUUUCCCUUUGUCUGAAAUGGAGUGUCCACUCUCCCUGCUUGCUUCAUUCCGGAAAGUAUUCGGUGCACAUUGGCAAUAGCCAACUCAUUUACCCAGAAUGUGUGCAGCCAGUUAAACCACAUAGAGUAAACCUCAUGUAAGUCGUAUCAGUCAGGACCAUAACAUUUAACAUGACUUGCGCGAUGUCUGAUUUGCAGGCAAACCGUAUAAGUCAAAUAAAAUCAGAUGACGGUCAGAUUUAUGAGAGUUUUACUGUAGUGAAUACUGUUUGACAAACUUCCUACUGCUUGUCCGGCUGGGACCGACCUUCCUGUUAGAUGGCGUAACAGGGUGAAGCUAAAGAAAUCUUUUAGAAACAUGAACUGGGGAACAAUUUGACCAGGAUUUGCAUUUCAAAGGUUACCAUUCAUUUUCUAACAUACCAGGGUGACAUUUGUGGAUUGAUGUCUGAUAUUCACGUGUGUGGGAAACCAGUGAAAUUAAGUGUCAGCUGUUUUUUUCCUUUGCCAUUAUCCCAAGUAAAUGAAACAUUACUAGGGUUGUUAAUAUUCAGUCAGAGAGUUUCCCCAGACUGUGGGAAAUGAAAUCUGAAAUAAACUGGUUUGUACGCCAGUUAAUGAUUUAUUUAUUUUACUACAAUGACAUUUUCCAAAGAUUGUAAUAAUUGCUGUAAGUGGAGAAGAUAAGUUGGACUUGGGAUAAGAUGUAUGAGAUGAUGCAGUAUAGUCUAUAACCAAGUGCUUUGUGAUGAAUCCGAAUCCUUUCACUGACGUGCUCCAAUGCAGUCAUUUAUUGCUUUUCAAUAAUUUUAUUUUGUUCUUUAAACUGCUGGUCUCUGGAGUGUGUUUUACUAGAACAGGACUGAUUUGUAUUGAACGUGGAGCCAGCUGAGCUGAGCUUUUUUUGCCGGUGAAGGGGUCAAGUUAUUUCUGGCUGUAGCCAGAAGAUGAUGGUAAUACGAAAUAUGUUGGGGUUGGUUUCGAUAUUUAAACUGAAAUCUCUUGGCUGUGAAAUUAUAUCCAGUUACAAAACAAACUGGGAACCAAUUAAUUACUCGGCCUAAUGCAAGAUGUUGUACUUUAGCAAUGUUAAACAAUAUUAAAUAAACCGACAAUUUCUGAAUCUGGCAAAGAUGCCAGAAACACAAGGGAAAAAAGCUUGCAGAUGCUGGAAAUCCCUAGGUCAAUCAGAGUGAAGAUUAGGUAUAUACUUUGUGUGUUACCCUUCAUUAGAACUCAAUAAUUGUGGAUAAUAAGAGGACGGAUUAUUUAUAGCACCUUAUAACAUCGUCAAGAUGUCUCAGCGAUUCACAGG